UCCGCACUCACCAAGAUCCGACUUCUGGCUGACUUCCGCUUCUACUUUGGAGGUUCGAGGGCAGGCACGCCAUGGUUACCACAGCGUUAAGAGGCGCACGCCUCCCGCUUAUAGUAAACAAUCCCAAGCAUCCUCCGAUGUCUGGGUGUUUGCGUUUAAGAAAGCUUAGUGGUCGGUUUGGCGCACCAUCAAUUUUUGCUAGAUAUUCUCAAGCUCCAGAUAUCUCUACCCGCCUCCAAGAUGGUUUUAAUAACUUGCCUAAGCUGGUGGAAGACAUUGUCCGAACAUCAGUCAACACGGGGCCUAGGGGAGCAUUGAGGCUAGCUCAAGGUGUACAAGCCGUUAUUUUGGUUGGUGGAGAGUGGUUGAAUGAUAUCUCAAAGACUGCAAACAGCUCAGCCGGAUUGCCAACUCAAAUUCAGCUUGGAUUGGUUUCUCCUCUUUAUUUACGGAAACUCUUUGAAAGGAUGGGAGCAACCUACAUAAAGUUAGGCCAGUUUAUUGCAUCUGCAUCUACUCUCUUUCCUGCAGAAUAUGUUCAGGAAUUCCAGAAUUGCUUUGAUCGUGCCCCGGCUGUUCCGUUUAACUCCAUUGAAUCUAUAUUGCGGGAAGAAUUGGGAAGGCCAUUGGAUAGUAUAUAUGAAUAUAUCGAUCCAGUGCCUAUAGCCUCUGCUUCGAUAGCUCAGGUUCAUGGCGCGAGGCUUAGAAAUUCACAAGAAGAGGUGGUGAUAAAGGUUUUAAAGCCAGGUAUAGAGGAUAUAUUGGUUGCUGAUCUGAACUUUGUGUACAUUGCUGCACGUAUUUUUGAAUUCCUAAAUCCUGAGCUUCGGCGUACAUCACUGGUGGGUAUUGUUGAAGACAUAAAAGCAUCAAUGCUUGAAGAGGUUGACUUUCGGAAAGAAGCUGUAAAUAUUGAGACUUUCAGAAGAUAUUUAGAGACCAUGGGACUUGAGAGACAAGCCAAAGCUCCAAAAGUUUAUCAGCAAUGUAGCACCAGGCGCGUGCUGACAAUGGAGAGGCUCUAUGGAGUUCCUAUCACUGAUCUUGAUUCUAUAAAUUCACUUGUUCCUGAUCCAGAGACGAGUCUGAUCACCGCCCUUAAUGUUUGGUUUGGAAGCUUAAUUGCAUGCGAGACCUUCCAUGCAGAUGUACAUGCUGGAAACUUAUGGUUGCUUCGUGACGGUCGCAUUGGAUUCCUUGAUUUUGGAAUUGUUGGUCGGAUAUCUCCAAAGACAUGGGCAGCUAUGGAAAUAUUUUUGUCAUCCUUUGCAAGCGAAGAUUAUGAGGAGAUGGCUUCUGCAUUAAUUGACAUGGGUGCUACGGAACAGAAUGUUGAUGUUAAGGCCUUUGCAAGAGACCUUGAGAAGAUUUUUGCAUCCAUACAGGAAUUAGAUACAGAGAUUAUGGUGGCGACUUCUAGAGGACCAAAUUCACGAGCAGCUAUAGCGGCUAAUGUUGUCGUUGAUGAGAGGCAGAUGAAUGCAUUAUUUCUUGAUGUGGUCCGGGUGAGCGAAUCAUAUGGUCUGAGAUUUCCGAAGGAGUUUGCUUUGCUUCUGAAACAACUACUCUACUUUGAUCGCUAUACUCGACUGCUGGCUCCUAAAUUGAACAUGCUUCAGGACCAGAGGAUCACUAUAGUUUCCAACCGAAGGACAAGAAAAUAAUUAGUUGUUUAUAGAAAUAAAGGGAAUGUAUAUGACAAUUAAGUGUAUGAAUAUACUUAAAAUCAGGUGAAAAUUAGAAGAAAUUCUGAUUAGUGGAUCGUGGCCGUUGAUUGAGUUUGAUGUUUUAUUUUGUAGCACACAAUUCUCAUGUAUUUAUAUAUCUCACUCGCAAAUUUUCAUGCUUACAUAUAUAGUGCAUAGGAAUUGUGUAUGUAAAUGUGACGACCUGACUUGAUGCCUAGAAUUAAUAAAGGAAAGGACUG